CCCGCCCCGCGCCCCCCCCCCCUCCCCUCCCGUCCGCCGCCCCCCGGUGUCGGCGCGGCGCGGGGCGGCGGGCGCGCUCCGGGCAGCCAGGGCGGCAGCUCGGCGGGGCCGCCCCCGCCAUGUCGGUGAACAUGGAGGAGCUGCGGCACCAGGUGAUGAUCAACCAGUUCGUGCUGGCGGCCGGUUGCGCCGCCGACCAGGCCAAGCAGCUGCUGCAGGCGGCCCACUGGCAGUUCGAGACGGCCCUGAGCGCCUUCUUCCAGGAGACCAACAUUCCCAGCAGCCACCACCCCCCCCCAGAUGAUGUGCACCCCCAGCAACACGCCGGCCACGCCACCCAACUUCCCGGACGCUCUGGCCAUGUUCUCCAAGCUGCGGACCUCCGAGAGCCUGCAGAGCAGCAACAGCCCCAUCACCUCCAUGGCCUGCUCCCCCCCGGGGAGCUUCAGCCCCUUCUGGGCCUCCUCGCCCCCCAGCCACCAGCCCGCCUGGUUGCCCCCCUCCUCGCCCACCGCUCACGGCCUCCACCACCACUUGCACCACCCGCAACCUGCCUGGCCCCCUGCCCCUCCGCCUGCCGCCCCCCCACAGAAAGCCGUGGCCACCAUGGACGGCCAGAGAUAAGACUGGGUUAGCAGAGGGGGGGGAGGGUUGGAAAUGGGGGGCAGGGGAGGAAGGGAGGUCCGGGCCAGGGCGUUGGGAGCAGGGGCUCCCCAAGAAACGCACUGGAAUAAUUUUCUAGGGUUUAUUAUUAUUUUUAAGCAGGGGGGGGACACAUGCUGCCAGGGAGGACGCUGGCCCAUGAGAGCCUCUGCAAGAGUCACUAGCUGGUCUUUUCUCCCCCCAUUAUUUUUUUUUUUUAAAUAUAUAACUAUAAUAUAUAAAUAUAUCUAAUGUAUAUAAA